UGUAUAUAUAGGAACAGAGAGGAUCUUGCCCUGUCAGAGCUGCUGAUGGGAGAGGGUCACCGAGCAGCUCAAGCAAGCCAGCGCCAUGAAGCUGCUCCUGUUGCUCCUGCUCUGUGUUCCUUUCAUUAAAUCCCAGGCUUCUACUGAUUACGAUGAUGAGGACGAAAGCACUGUACCUGAGGCUCGAGGCCACCGACCCCUAGACAAAAGGCGAGAAACGGCCCCCACGCUCAGACCCGUGGCACCUCCCAUCUCUGGAACUGGGUACCAGCCCCGGCCACGAAAGCCGGAUAAGCAGGGCAGCAAGAAGGAACGUAUCAUCUAUCCUGAUGCUGGUGGCUGCAAGCAUCCUCUCGAGGAGCUGGGAGUACUCUGUCCAACUGGAUGUGAACUGCAAACUGCACUGGUAAAACAAGAAAAGAUUGUGACAUCAGUUAUUCGUGAUCUAAAAGACAAAGUGACCAAAUUUUCUGAUACUUCUACAACUUUCUAUCAAUAUGUGAAUAUGAUAGAUGAUAAACUGAUAAAGACACAGAAACAAAGAAAAGACAAUGAUAUUUUACUUUCUGAGUAUAACACAGAAGUGGAAUUGCAUUAUAAUUAUAUAAAGGAUAAUCUGGACAAUAACAUCCCAUCAAGCCUCAGGGUCCUUCGUGCAGUCACGGAAACUUUAUACAAAAAGAUCCAGAAACUGGAAAAUGCCAUUGCAACCCAAACAGACUACUGCCGUUCCCCAUGCGUUGCUUCCUGUAAUAUUCCGGUGGUUACAGGCAAAGAAUGUGAGGAUAUUUUCAGAAAGGGAGGUGAAACAUCUGAAAUGUACCUCAUCCAACCAGAUCCUUUCGUCAGACCAUACAGAGUAUACUGUGACAUGGAAACAGAUGAUGGAGGCUGGACUUUGAUUCAGAACCGCCAGGAUGGCAGUGUUAAUUUUGGAAGAGCGUGGGAUGAAUAUAAAAAAGGAUUUGGAAAUGUUGCAAAGAGUGGAGGGAAGAACUACUGUGAUACACCAGGUGAAUAUUGGCUUGGAAAUGACAAAAUCAGCCAACUUACCAAGAUAGGGCCCACUAAAGUUUUAAUUGAAAUGGAAGAUUGGAAUGGUGAUAAAGUAUCAGCUCGCUAUGGAGGUUUCACCAUACAUAAUGAAGGAAACAAGUACCAGCUUUCAGUUAGUAACUACGGAGGCAAUGCAGGCAAUGCUCUGAUGGAAGGAGCUUCAACGUUGUAUGGAGAAAACAGGACAAUGACAAUUCACAAUGGCAUGUUCUUCAGUACUUACGACAGAGACAAUGAUGGAUGGUUAACUACAGAUUCAAGAAAACAGUGCUCCAAAGAAGAUGGUGGUGGAUGGUGGUACAAUCGUUGCCAUGCAGCCAACCCCAAUGGCAGAUACUACUGGGGAGGGUCCUACAGCUGGGAUAUGGCAAAACAUGGUACAGAUGAUGGUAUUGUAUGGAUGAACUGGAAAGGGUCAUGGUAUUCAAUGAAGAAGAUUAGCAUGAAAAUCAAGCCAUACUUCCCAGAUUAACUGCUAUAAAAGUGAUCUAAGUGUAAAGAAACAGGGAUUUUCUUUUCAUAUUUGUACCUGGUUAUGUUUUUCAAUGUGGUAUUCAGGCUUGUCUUUACAUAUGAGAACCAAAUGCAUAUGUAGGACUAUAUAUUGACCUAAAGUGAAAGGCAAUGGCAAGUGAAAAUCAAAAUCUGAACUAUGAAAAUGAGCCGCUAGUGUAUUUUGUUCCAUUUUUCAUUUCUUCACAAGACAGAAGUACUGGUUUUGAAGAUGUCCGAUAAAAUAUGUAUAUGUAUACUUGUUUCACUCUGUUACAAAGAAGUUCCAUAUCAAAAUUGAAAAGGAAGAGGAUUAUUAUAAAAUGUUUUCUAAAAAAAAAAUAAAUAAAGCCUUAAAACUGAAUUUUUCUCCACAA